AUGAAGGAUGUCUUACAAUGGGCGAUUGACCACUACGAGACAAGAGACCAACUGGUGCAGAAGGGAAUUUGGAAAGGUGAGCUCUACCAUGAUUCCAUCUUUAAAGAAAAUAGUAGAGGCUGGCUCUGGAAAGUUUUACUUUUAUGUGACGAAAAUAACAACUGCUUGUUAACUGAUAACUUUAAAGAUUUGGAUCUUAAUCAGUUCGGCUUAGUACCAGUGCCUAUACUGACAGAUGGCGAGAACUAUGACGAGAAGCAUAAUGCAAAUGUACCUAAAAGGGUCUUGCAUUCGAACGUUUCUUCCUCGGUGGGAAUCAGGAGGCUGACUCCCGUCGAGGCUGUUGAAAAGCAUCCCUUGUCUGGUGACAGUGACCAAACUGGAGACUCUUUGUCCAAGCAAAAGGAUGAAAAGCCGUUGACCCUGAGGGAAACUCUGGAAAUUAUAGAUUUAGACCUCUCAAGGAUAAUGCUUGACGACAUAUUCCAGGAGCCCAAAGUUCACGCUCAAAUGAGACAGCUUAUGUACAAUUAUUUGCUCAUACAUCAAAGCGAACACCUACAGUACAAACAAGGGUUCCAUGAGAUAUUAAGCGUCAUUUAUCUACAAUUGUAUCACGGCACGGAUCUCGAUAACACCGACUUGCAAAAUGUUUUGAUUAUUUUUAACAAGCUCAUGAACCAAAUCGAACCGAUUUUUUAUAACGAAGAAAAUUUGAUUAACUGGGAUAAGAGAGUAUUUACGAAAAUCUUUAGGAUUUGUUUACCAGAUUUAUUUACGAAGAUUUUUUACCAGCCGCCAAAAACGGGCAGCGGGAGGAAAAAAAAUGUAAACCACCUGGUUCAUUCCAACUUAAUCUGGCUUAUCCGAUGGACAAGAUUGUUAUUUUUAAGAGAAUUGCCCUUAAAAAAUGUGUUGAUCAUUUGGGACCACAUCUUGACGUUCAACUAUCCCUUGGAGAUUUUCAUUGCAUGCCUUAUUAUUACCCUUUUAUUAUCCAUUUACGAUGAACUUCACGAAUUAGUGAGCCAAGACGGCUAUGAACAUACGAAUAAUAACGAUGAAUUUGUUGAAUUGAUUCUGCAUUUCAAGAAAAUUUUCCAUAGGGAAGAUGUCAGCAAAGAUGAUGAAAAGUUCUUAGAGCUGUGCAGGAUCACGGGAAAUUUAUGUGAAUUGUGGUACGGGAAAAAUCAUGACGAUAUGAGAUUAAUUUGCGACACUUUUAUAAAUGCUAAAUUCGGUAUUAAAACUAGUGAUGUUUUGAGUAUGGAAACCGCAAAAUUGAGUAUUGACCCCAAUAGGCAAUCGCUCGAAAACAAACUAAGGGAGAGGGUAAGGCAGACACUUUUGAAGAACAAAAAGAGAUAA